AUGGAAUAUCAUGCGCCACAGGCGCAGGGUAUGGUUCUGUGCGCCGACUGCGGUGUACCGAUCGAGCCGAACAAUGCGAAUCUAUGUAUAAACUGCCUAAGAAACAGUGUAGAUAUCACUGAGCUCAUUCCGAAGCAGGCGGCUAUCAAUUACUGCCGCAACUGCGAGCGGUACCUUAACCCCCCCAAUACGUGGGUCAUUGCGGCGCUGGAAAGCAGGGAGCUGCUCGCAAUCUGCCUUAAAAAAUUGCGCGGCCUGAAACACGUGCGUUUGAUAGAUGCCAACUUCAUCUGGACGGAGCCGCACAGCAAGCGCUUGCGCGUAAAGCUAACCGUCCAAAAAGAGGUUUUUUCCUCCACGAUUUUGCAGCAGGUGUUUGAGGUGGAAUUCAUUGUCCAACACGGGCAGUGUCCCGACUGCACGCGCCUUGCGGCCAAGAAUACGUGGAAAGCCGCAGUGCAGGUGCGCCAAAAAGUGGCACACAAACGCACAUUCCUAUACUUGGAGCAGGUGCUUCUCAAAUACAAUGCCCACCGCGAGACUGUCUCGGUUCAGGAAAAGAAAGACGGUCUGGAUUUCUUCUUUGUCCAGCGCGCACACGCCAUCCGGCUCUGCGAAUUUUUUUCGUCGGUCGCCCCGAUACGGAUUAGCAAGUCGGAGCGGCUUAUUAGCUCAGACGUGCAUACGAGCCAGAGCAACUACAAGUUUACGUACAGCGUCGAGAUUGCGCCGAUUUGCAAGGACGAUCUCGUGUGCCUCCCGCUCCCGAUUGCACGGUCCUUGGGCAAUAUUGGCCAGAUGGUGCUGCCGUAUCGAAUCAGCAAUGUGAUCAAACUCGUCGACCCAGCAACACUUCAGCUCGCCGAUGUGCCCUCGCAGAAAUUCUGGCGCGAUCCGUUCCAGGCGCUUGCGCGGAUCCCCGAAAUGGUCGAGUUCCUCGUGCUCGAUAUGGAAGUCACGGGCGGCCAUGGCCAUGGGCCGCACGGUCAGACUAUGAAAAAGUUUACCGGUGCAGAUGUGCAAGUGUCGCCUUUGAACUCGACCCAAUUUGGCGAGUCAGACGCUGUAUACCACACACGUACGCACCUUGGCCACAUCUUGCAACCGGGCGAUACCGUGCUUGGCUAUUUGUUGACCACGGCCAACUUCAAUAAUGCCGAGUGGGACGCACUGCCGUCGGAACGCAAACCCGAUGUGGUGCUUGUGAAGAAGAGUUAUCCCGACAGGAAGCGCCGCAACAAGCGCAACUGGAAACUCAAGAGCAUUGCCAAGGAAGCCGAGGAUCCCAACGCAAGCGAGAAUGUGUUUGGCCGCGGCGCAUUGGGCCGUCGUGGUGGAUUGGACUCGCAGCGUGUGGAGCGCGACUAUGAAAUGUUUUUGCGCGAACUCGAGGAGGACGAGGAGCUGCGUGCGGAUGUGAAUCUGUACCGCGACGAAGACAAGAUCGCGGCAAUGGAGGCACACCGCAAGCGCAAAGAGGCAAAACUCGCGCGUGCGAACCGUGCACCGGGUGCUAUGGAAGAAGAUAUGGACGGCGAUGACGACAUUGACGACGGGCUUACUACGGAUAACGAGACCGAGUACGGCUCCGACGAAGAGACGCCGCAGAUCCACCUCGACGAGCUCCUCGAUGACCUGGAUGAAAUGAAUAUCGAGGAGGGCGAUGAAGUAGUAGAGUAG